UUCAAGUAUAACUACAUGUAUUCAAUUUGAGACAGGGAAAUUACUUAACACUUAAAAAGAUAAUUUCACAUACUAGAUAACAAUAUUUGAUCAUGGAAGGAUGCAAGUUUAUGUUGCUAUGUGUGGUUACUAUGGGGAUUGUUACCAUAGUGAAUGCCUGCUCAUGUUUACCACAACAUCCACAACAACAUAUAUGUGGAGCUAAUUUUGCUAUCAAGGCGCUAGUACAGAGUAAGGUUACAGUGGGGAUGCAAUGGGUUUACACGGUACAAGUCCAAGUCACAUUUAAGGGUAGUCUUGGCAUUGGUUCAGCUACUAUUUACACAGCAUUUCAAAGUGCUGCAUGUGGAGUUUAUCUACAAAUUGGAGAAACAUACCUCCUUACAGGAUCAUUUUCUGGAGGCCAGUACCAUAUAUCCUUGUGUGGUUGGAACCCUCUGUGGAGCUCCCUGACAUUUGAGCAAACCAUAUUCAUCUACAAUUCCUGUAACCCUAUAUAUAACUGCUUAUGUCAGGUAUGCUCAAGUUGGAAUUCGCCAUGUAGUCUCAAAUCGUGCGAAUGGGACCCUUCUAGGUCAGUACAGUACGGGGGUAACGCAUAUGUGAAUUGUGAGGCUUCGUAUGGAGCUUGUGUAUCCAAGAGGGGACGAUGCAGUUGGAUUUCCCCUCCUGGUACCUCAAACCUGAGGCUGUGUAGAAAUGUUAGAGAAAAAAAAGUAGAAGCUUUGUUUAGAAGAAAGAAAUCUGACUGAUUAUUGUUGUAGUUUUGCCAUCUACAUAAAGUAAUAA